UGAUCCGAAAGAAACAUAAUCAAAACGCUGUCGGAAAAAUUCGCAUUUUAAAACCGUCAAACCAAACAACCGCGACACACCAACCCGAUUUCUCGAGACUUCAGUAACGAAUAAGAAACAACAACAACAACGGAAAAAACAGUUUUCUUUUUUUUUCUCCUCGGUUCAUUCGACUCUUAUUUUGGUUAAUUUUUAUUUCCGCAACUGUGGCUUUAACAAAUCAAACUGGAUUCCAACAAGCAAUACGUGUCGCGAUUACAUCGCGGCUACCGGAGGCUUAAAAAAUUAUUCAAGCGUGUGGCGAACCAGGCGCUUACCGUUUCGCCACAGCCGGCAGUUACGGUGGAGGGGCCGGUGUCCAAAAUGUCUCCACCAACGAACGACGUGACCAACGGCGUGGUUGCGCCAGCCAACACCUUGGCGCCUCGGGUUUCGCCCACCGCGAACCCGGCUCUCGCUACCAUCAACCCGCCGACGCACAAGCGUACACCUAAGGAUUUCAUCUUUGGCAAGGUGAUCGGCGAGGGAAGCUUCUCCACCGUUUACCUCGCCAAAGAUAUUCACUCGGGGAAGGAAUACGCCAUCAAAGUGUGCGACAAGCGUCACAUCAUCAAGGAGAAGAAGACCGAGUACGUGAAACGCGAGAAGGAAGUGUUGAACAUGCUCGCGGGCGCGAAACAUUCGUUCGUGCGCCUGUUUUGCACUUUCCAAGACGUGGAAAGACUCUAUUUCGUCCUAUCGUACGCGAAGAACGGUGAGCUUCUGCCCUACAUCAAUAAAGUUGGCUCGUUCGACAUCGAGUGUACCAAGUUCUAUUCGGCGGAGAUCCUUCGCGGUCUCGAGUACCUGCAUGGUCUCGGCAUCAUUCAUCGCGAUCUCAAACCGGAGAACAUUUUGCUGGACGAGAAGAUGCACGUGCUUAUCACCGACUUCGGUAGCGCCAAGAUACUGAAGGACCCGGAGACGGUGUUGACGCAUACCACCGCCACGGACGACCCGCAACAACAGCAACAACAACAACAGCAGCAACAGCAACCGUACCGACGAGAACGCAGAGGCUCGUUUGUCGGUACCGCCCAAUACGUGUCGCCGGAGCUCCUAACAGACAAGACUAGCAGAGCCUCCGAUCUCUGGGCCCUCGGCUGUAUAGUCUACCAGAUGGUCGCUGGUCUGCCUCCGUUCCGCUCUAGAAGCGAGUACAUGAUAUUCCAAAAGAUCCUGAAGCUCGAGUACGAGAUACCCGACGGGUUUUGCGAGCUGGCGAGAUCUCUCGUCAGUCAGCUGUUGGUGCUCGAGCCCCGAGUGGAGGGGCCGGUGUCCAAAAUGUCUCCACCAACGAACGACGUGACCAACGGCGUGGUUGCGCCAGCCAACACCUUGGCGCCUCGGGUUUCGCCCACCGCGAACCCGGCUCUCGCUACCAUCAACCCGCCGACGCACAAGCGUACACCUAAGGAUUUCAUCUUUGGCAAGGUGAUCGGCGAGGGAAGCUUCUCCACCGUUUACCUCGCCAAAGAUAUUCACUCGGGGAAGGAAUACGCCAUCAAAGUGUGCGACAAGCGUCACAUCAUCAAGGAGAAGAAGACCGAGUACGUGAAACGCGAGAAGGAAGUGUUGAACAUGCUCGCGGGCGCGAAACAUUCGUUCGUGCGCCUGUUUUGCACUUUCCAAGACGUGGAAAGACUCUAUUUCGUCCUAUCGUACGCGAAGAACGGUGAGCUUCUGCCCUACAUCAAUAAAGUUGGCUCGUUCGACAUCGAGUGUACCAAGUUCUAUUCGGCGGAGAUCCUUCGCGGUCUCGAGUACCUGCAUGGUCUCGGCAUCAUUCAUCGCGAUCUCAAACCGGAGAACAUUUUGCUGGACGAGAAGAUGCACGUGCUUAUCACCGACUUCGGUAGCGCCAAGAUACUGAAGGACCCGGAGACGGUGUUGACGCAUACCACCGCCACGGACGACCCGCAACAACAGCAACAACAACAACAGCAGCAACAGCAACCGUACCGACGAGAACGCAGAGGCUCGUUUGUCGGUACCGCCCAAUACGUGUCGCCGGAGCUCCUAACAGACAAGACUAGCAGAGCCUCCGAUCUCUGGGCCCUCGGCUGUAUAGUCUACCAGAUGGUCGCUGGUCUGCCUCCGUUCCGCUCUAGAAGCGAGUACAUGAUAUUCCAAAAGAUCCUGAAGCUCGAGUACGAGAUACCCGACGGGUUUUGCGAGCUGGCGAGAUCUCUCGUCAGUCAGCUGUUGGUGCUCGAGCCGUCCGAGAGAUUGGGUGCCCAGGACGAACACGGUGCCGGAUAUCCCAGCAUCAGGGCGCAUCCCUUUUUCGAGGGCGUUGAUUUCGAGACACUCCAUGAACAGACACCACCACCGAUUUACCCGUAUCUGCCAGGAACGUCGGAACACGAGGAGCUCAGGUCGCAGUACAGGGUUCCCGAUCACCUGGAACCUGGCCUAGAUGACAAACAGCUCACCAGGCUUCUUGGCCUGGGUAUCGGAGAGGAUGACGACGACGACGACGACGACGCGACCAUCGAGCGCGAGAAACCCGCGCAGACCAGCGUGGUCGUCGAGAAACCGAGGAGAAGAACACACGCGACACCCACGGACGGUAGCAUCGCCGUUUUAACCACCGACGAGAUUAAGAACCGGCUGGAAAAGCAACGCGCGUCCAAUCAGUGGGACAUCUUCGUCGAGGGUAACCUGAUAUUGAAACAGGGCUUCGUGAACAAGAGGAAAGGCCUGUUCGCCAGGCGGAGAAUGCUUUUGCUAACCACCGGACCACACUUGUACUACGUCGAUCCUGUGAACAUGGUGCUCAAGGGCGAGAUACCCUGGAGCCCGGAACUAAGGGUCGAGCCGAAGAGCUUUAAAAUCUUCUUCGUUCACACGCCAAACAGAACAUAUUAUCUCGAAGAUCCCGAAGGAUUCGCAUUGGAGUGGUGUAGAGCGAUCGAGAACACGCGAGUCCACUACUACGGCCUGCAAGAAUCUACCACCACCGCUUAAACAGAAGACUGAACCAACAUAGUUUUGAACGGAACUAGUGCGAAAGAACGUUUCAUCGUAAAACGGUAAAUGUUGUCCGCGAGGCGCGAUCGUUGAAACUCGUGUACUCGUUCGUGGCCAGAGUAGGCGAUUAUAUACAUAUGCAUGUAUAUAUAUAUAUGCAUACACGCGUGUAUAUGUGUAUAUCUAUAUGUAGACAGAGAGAAAGAGCGAGAGAUCGUUUGUUAGCCUGUAACUUGUCGUUAAGGGAGAUAUAUUCUAGGAUAUGUUAGCAUUCUAGCGCGUACGAAGCGUGUUCUCUGUACAGCUUUAGGACAAAUUUUCUAGAUCAAAUUCAAAACGUUGUUAUUGUAUUUGGGAUGACCCUGUGGUGGAAAUGCCCCGGGCAUCAGGACUUAGGAUAGGAAAACCUAACGAAAUCAUCGUGCAGCUACCUAUCGUCAUUUUUCACUCAAGUUCGUUAUUUAUUAUCAACCUCCGAAGUACCUUGAACACACACACACACACACACACAGCUGUACGGUGUAUUUCUAGCACGAUAAAUACACACGAGGGAUAGCGAAAUUUUUAGCCGAAGUUUAUUAGCCUUGCGUGUUAGCGCACGGUGUCGCUGCUGACGCGUAACGAGGACGCCUUAUAUCGACGGUUUUUGAAAAGGAAUCGAACUUUUGAUCGUUUCAAAGAAUGAAUUUCGUUGUUGGUCAUCGGUCGUGCACGCGUAAUCGGGAUAUCACGAUUAAAAUUCCGUCGACACAUUAGAGAAAAACGAAAAGACUAAUCGUACGUACACGUAUUUGAUGCGUAUUAAAAUCCGAAUUGACCUAGACACGCGUCGAUCGUUCGCGCACUCGACAGCAGCGUAUUAUUCAGUUCCAAAUAUAGCUAAAUUUACAUAGAAAAUUAUUGGAAAGUUGUUUGAAGCGUAGACUCUAGCGGUGAUCGCAGAGAGGGGUAGUUGAUUCGCGACGAUGCUGCUUCCUGCUGUCGACCUCGCGAAUCUAGGCGGUCAAUUCAUAUAGUCGAAGUUAACCAAAAAAAAAAAAUAGAAAAAAUAACGGAAGAAAACUUUAUAAAAGAAUACGGUGGAAGACAACGUAUUGCUUUACAGCUUUAAGUCGUGUUUUUACAUCGCCUGGAAAAGGGAUCUUCGGAAUGGUUGCGCGUUUAUUCCGACGCAUUCCUUGCUCUCUUCAUUUUACAGUAUUCUCUUCUCGUUGUUUGUUGUCCCGUGUUUCCCCUUCUCGAUACGUUGUAAAUAUUUAGCGCGAUUUCACGAAGAGACAGGCUACGUAAAGCACACACAUAUUAUUAACUCUGUAUAAUAAAUAGGUCUCUCUCGUAUGUGGAUCUACGUAAGUACAAAAAUCGUUGUCCGACCACGGUAUUUUUUUUCUUCCCACACACACACACACUCUCUCUUUCUCUCUCUCUCUCUCUCUCGUUCUUCAUCUUUUGGCCCGUAUUUUUAAUCCUUGAUCGCUAAUCUGGCUCUCGCGGACUCGAUCGAACAACGCGUGUACAGCCGGGAAUUUAGGACAACAUUUAGAUUUUAAUCGAAGAGAAAUGCUUAGUAGUCAUUUAAGUAAUGACACAAUGUUCGUUGUAUAAAAGAAGAAAGGAGAAGCGGUGGAAAUUAUUGGAGGAAAAUGGAACUUUUCCUCGUCCUGUAAAAGACUUGACAAAUUUGAACGUGACCCUCUGAAUUAAGUAGAUAGGCGAUAGAAUCGUUUAAAAGAGGAUAGCUUUAAGAGUAGUAGCCCCGUUUAGAUGCGAAAUCACACCUACACUCGUUCACACAGGCGCGCGCGCGCGCUUACACACACGACACAAAAGCACAUCAUACCAACAUACAUUGAGUGCGUUCAAACUAAUGUUCGUUAUCGUUCAUACUAUUACCCUAAUUUUUCUAGUAUUUAGUUACAUUACGAAUUAUUGUUAAAGACGUUGAUUAACCGCUACGCUGUAUUAUCAGCAUAAGUAUUUCUCUCCCCUCGUAACUAUCGACAAUACGUAUUUAAGCAGCGACGAUUCUCUUUUUUUUCCCUUUUUUUUUGUUUCGUUUUUUUUUUUCACACGCGAUGUUUCUUAAUUUAUUUCUCCGUAUUCGUCCUCGAUUAUUUAUUUUUUUUAUCGUUUAUGUUCCCAUACGUCGUUCAUGUAGGAGUUAUACAUCGGACUUAGUAAUACUACCGCUACCAUCACUGCGACUAUUAUUAUUAUUAUUAUUACUUCUGCUACUACUACUUCUACUACUACUGCUACUCCUAUUACUACUAUACUAUUACUACUACUACUACUAUUACUAUUAUUACUACUACUACUACUAGUACUACUACCACCACUGCUAUUAUUAUACUACUACUAUUUACUAAUAUAGCGCCGUUCUCCAUUGCGUACGUACCUAUACGCAUGCGUGAAUGCCGGGCCGUCCCCGCGUGUAGAUGUACGUACCUACACGCAAGCGCGUUCGUUGGAGCGUCCCCGCGUAUAUGUACGUACUCGAUCUGUUUAUAUACGUUCUAUAACUAUACAUAUUAUUCAUGUAUUGCCUUUAGCUGUAAUUUUAGAUAAUCUGUAAAUAAUACUGCCGCGUUUACCGUCGACGUAUCGGAACGCUGUUCAAUUUUGACUUGUGCGAUUCAGUCGAUUCCCCGAAUUGUAUGAUACCUGUAUAUUAUCUAUACAUAAAUAUUCUAUAUAUAUUAAGAAGUAUAUAUAUAUAUAUAUAUAUAAAUACAUAUAUACGCAUACAGUUAUAUAAAAUAUUUAUGAAUUGUGAAUAAUAGUUAGGGAAAUCGUGUAUAAAUGUUCAUUCUUAGGUUUUAGGCCAGAAAAGACGCGCUUAGGUUUAAUCUACUUUGUUGAUGUUACCGUUGGCACGACUGAAUCGCACGAAUUUGAUCCGCGACUUUCCUUGUAUUAUAAUCAAAAGCAACUUCUGUACCUUUCUUCUCGCGAUACUUAUAAGACUUAAACAGGGUAUUUGAAAGAGGAUCCGGUGAAAUCGGCGAGUUCGAUCGUUGCGUCUGUGAUAUCGCGCGAGUAUGCUCGAAAUAAUGGUGGUUUGUUUUACGAACCGGCAUUGUCCUCGUGCCCAGUGGCUUUCCAAAAUGACCGCUUUUGGCGUGCCAUGUACGGUGCUUGCGGGCGAAAACGAGACGCGCAGAAUCGACGAUCGUCUCGCGGUUAUCUCGCCGAUUUUCUCUUUGACUAUAGUGAGAAUCGAUCACGAGAAGGAAUCCAGUCGUUGUCGUCCCGUUUCCUACCCUCGCGUAUUUCCUUCUACCGUCGCGCCGAUUUGUGGAGAGAGAGUAGGGUUUCGAUAACGUCGAUCGAAGCAGCAAACGCAAUCUUUCCGUCAAAACGAAGCAAGCGUGUGUCAAUGAUGUUUGCAAAAAUUCUAGAAGCGUCGUGAAAUUUCACGAUAACGCUUCGAUCGUUCACGGCAAAAGCCCGACCAAAGUUCCUCGCUACAUCGACGAGAUGCUACUUCCAUUUUGAAGAAAGAAUGCGUCUGUGUUUAGUCUCCUGUCAUUGAUCCUCGACUCAUUAAUCAUGGAUCAAUGACACGAUGGCUAUCGGACACGAGCGUAUUUCCACUGUAGUAAACUUUGCAGGUUCUACGUUUUAUGCAGGCGUUGCAAACUUUCAGGUGGAAACGCGUGUAUUUCCUUCUUUUCCCUGGGCUUCUGUUUCCUUCAACCGGGGAAAGGUGGUCGCUUUUAUUAUAAAAUAGUUUUCCGUUAGUUUUGGAGACUGGUCUUAUGAGAUUCCUAACCCUUGAAGGCGACGCGCUUUACCUCCUUUGUAUUAUAGUUUAUUCGAUACUUUAGCCCGGCGGAAAUCUCUCGGAACGUAUUCGUUGAGAGAGCUUGCGAUGCGAACAAGCGAAACAGAAAUAGCUAAUUUAAUUAAUAUAUGUAUGUAUAUAUGUAUGUGUAUAUAUAUAUAUAUAUAUAUAUAUAUAUACAUACACACUCGCGAGAGGGAGGAACGAAUACUUAAGAAAAGCAUGUGAAAAACGUGUAAAGGGAAAUGGAAACGAACGUUCGAACACCGUACGAACACUGUAAGUAAACUUACACGCAAGCAAUAAUAACAAGGCCUUGCGAUUUAUUCGAAUGCCUACCGUUUCGGCGUAACAAGGACGGUUCAACUAUUAAUUGCAGUAUUACUAAAUGUAUACAGACUAAAAAAAUAUACUUACACACCAACACCAA